AUGCGCCUCCUGUUCGGCGACCCCGCUCCCAUCUCUGUGUGGAACCCCACAUUAACCUCCCUCUGCCCCUCCACAAACCCCACAUUAACCCUCCCUCUGCCCCUCCACAAACCCCACAUUAACCCUCCCUCUGCCCCUCCACAGACCCGCAUUAACCUCCCUCUGCCCCUCCACAAACCCCACAUUAACCCUCCCUCUGCCCCUCCACAGACCCGCAUUAACCUCCCUCUGCCCCUCCACAGACCCCACAUUAACCCUCCCUCUACCCCUCCACAGACCCCACAUUAA